AUGCGUGGCCCAACGCCAGUCUCCGUUCCUGCAGCAUCUACGGGACAGCGGCUUCGCAAUACUCUCCCCGUGCUUUGCGGGCUGGCAUCUGUUUCUUCCGCCGCCCUUUACGAAACCGUGAUUGAGACCAAAUAUGGCUCGGUCCAGUGUUAUCCGGCUUUCAACAGCAGCCAUACCGGCAACCUGACGCAUUGGAAGGACAUCACUGUGUGGAAGGGUAUUCCAUUUGCUGCAACCACCAGAGGUGCCAACCGCCCAUGGAACCAAACACUGGACGCGCGCAACUGGGGGCCUGUCUGCCCUUCCGCUACGAUUAAGGACAAUGCUUACACCAUCAAUGAAGAUUCAAACUCCACUGACGCGAAGCUCCCCGUGAUCAUGUGGAGUUAUCCUACCAAAUCAACUACAGCAGAUCCUCCCUUUGACAGCGGUGAUAUAACCAACAAGAAGAUUGUCUUUAUCAACUACAACUACCGGACUGGACCAUUUGGCUGGCUCGCCCACUCUGAGCUCUCAGAGAAAUUCGAGAACAUCCAUGCCAACAUUGAGACCUUUGGAGAUGAUCCGAAUCAAAUCACCGUCCAAGGUCAGUCGGCAGGCUCUGCAGCCACUCAACAUAUACUGUAUAGCAAUCUAACCCAGGGACUGAUUGUCGGUGCCAUCAUCAAGUGCAGUGUCCGGGAUCCCCAUGACCCUCUCUGUACCAGCCUCACCGAGGCUUACACCCCACUGGAAGAUGCACUAACAGAUGGCAAUACCUAUCUAUCGAAUCUGGAGAUGUCCAGCAUCGCCGAAGCCCGCAACCUAAACAUAGAAGCAUUGAUUAGCAGUGCAACCAGCAUCACCCGUGAAAACACGAUCAUGUUUAAGGCCGUCCUCGAUUAUUACGCCAUGCCGGAUACCUACCUCAACAUCCUGAUGAAAGGCCUAGCCCACGACGUUCCAGUCAUCACGGGAAACAACAAGGACGAAAACGGCGCUACCUACGGCCUCGAUAUCUCGCUCGCGGAAUAUCUCCAGGACCUCAACGAAACAUACAGCGGGGGGUGGAUCGACCGAUCCCUUGCUCUUUAUCCAGCUAACGACUCGACAACCGCAUCAGGGGCAUACAACUCCAUGUUCACCGACCGCUCCAAGUUAGGUACCUGGCUCUGGACCCAGAUGUGGUAUACCGCCAAGAUCAGCCCUGCCACUGUCAAACCCUGGACUGCUGAGGACUAUGCUAUUGCCAAGAAUAUGAACGAUUAUUGGGCCAGUUUUAUCAAUACAAGAAACCCUAAUACUCAGGCAGAAGGGGCAGUUCACUGGCCCGCAGUGAACACCUCCAAACUGGUACAGCAUGUUGGUGAUGGAUGGGGGCAGAUUCCCAUUGCCUGGAGUGAAAAGGUCGAGCUGUUUGAGGAUUGGUUUGCCACAUUGGUGGCAUACUGAUGUUGUACGAAGAUAGAGCCAGUAUCGCUUGAUCCGGGAUUAGGAGAUCACGU